GAGAUAUGUUAGGUGGUUUGUAGCAGAUAGAUGACUCACCCCUUAUACAUACGAAGCAUAUAUAUAUACACACACAUAUCGUUAAACUUUUCCUCUACCCUCUUGCCAUUACCAGACCAACGGAAUACAACCGAUUCAUGAUGAAAAAAAUUUAUCCAACUAAAUAAAGGUUAAAUUGUCUAGCUCCCUAUUCUUUAUUCUUUCCCCAAUCAUCGAUAGUCACGCGCAUUAGCACACGUACACAAUCCACAUACUAAUCGUAGUCAUAAUGUCUAUGUUAGGCUCUCUAAAUCAGAUCAUAUUUAUCUACUGUUUUCAGGAAUUUAGGCAUAUGCCGUGUAGAUGGAAGUAACGCUCUAACCAGUGUCAACUGAUAGUCACAACUGUUCAGCAAAUAGAAAACGGGUCAGUUGACCAUAAGAAAGUGGUAUAUAAAUUAGGUGAUCAACCCCCACCUUUGGCUACUGAAGAAGUAGAACAAGUAAUUGCCAGUCAAGAUUGUGACAAAAGUGAUAUCGUGUUAGUAGAGUCAGAUGAGUUCUUUGAAGAAGAUCACGCUGAUUGCUCUUCGAAAGAACAAGAAUUUGAGUUGGAUCAAGUUACUUGUGAUCAACAAUUGAAUAUUUCUGUUGACGAAGGAGCCUUAGUAUUCGACAACGACCUUCCAUCACCUCCGAUUUCAGUUUAUGAAGAGUUACAUAAAGAGAAUACUGGAGAAUUACCAGCAUUUCCUUUGACACCUUCAGUAAUUCCAGAAAAUUGUAUCAAAUCUGAAUUAUUGUCAAAUCACCAACCACAAGCGAUACCUGAAUAUCGUACAGAUACUAAAAUUGGACAAAUUGUAGGUGAAACUCUAGAUAAAAUAAGUGAUAAUUACUUAGUUGAACCAAUUAAUUUUUCUUCAGAUUCCAUCCCAUCUACAAAAAACUUUACAGAGGAAGACGCUGAAAAUUCACUACAAGAGCCUACUGGAGAACAACUGAAUAGUCAAUCCGUUGACUACUUAGAAAAAAGUAUUGAUAUAGAGGUUCGAGUUGACGAACAGAACGACCUCACUAGUACAUGCGAACUGAAAGACAAAACAAACAUUGAAGAAAAAUCAACAGAAUUGCUUGACUUUGAGGAAGAAUCAAUCAGUUUAUUGAAUCCUGAAAACGAAGCAACCGAAUCAUCUUACGUAGAAAAAGAAUUUCCUACAUUAUCUACCAGUGAGAAACAAGUUAAUAAAUCGUCUGAUCUUGACGAAGAAAUAACUAAUCCGGUUUGCAUCGAGGAAGCAAUAAACGAUCCUGGUAAAUCAGAAAAUCCUCAGACUUUUCUACCAUACAGAAAUAAAUCAUCUGUUGAAAUUUCGAAUUCCUUAUCGUCUACUGAAUUUUGUCCAGAAGAAGAAGUAGUAGUAGUGGACGAGCACAGUAGAAAUAGUAGUUCUACAAUUGGCGCUGAACUACUAGACGAAACACAUUCUAGCGCUUUGUUCGUAAAGUCUGUAACAUCGUCAGUACUAACCGAUUCACCAAAUCACUUGACAGGUACUAAUUAUCGAAACUCAUUUGCAUCUAGUGAAGUUGUACCAUCGAAACAUACUUUAUCAAUUGAUUCUCUAAGUGAAUCUGUGAAUAAUACUACAAAUACUAGUAACAAUAACGAUAAUUUAAAAGAAUUAACACUAAACACUUUAAAUUGUGAUACAUCAAUGAGUACUACAGUUGGUGUAUCUGAUAUUACGGCUGAUCAAUCGGAACUCAAUCGGGAAUCAUACAUUUCAUAUCCAUCGUAUGACAUUGACAAUACCCCAGCUCAAAGUUCUUUUGGACAUUUAAAUCAUAUGAAUCAUGGUGAAUAUCAAAACAGAUUAAAUGGUGGAGAAGAUGAAUAUUUACCAGGUGAUAUUAAAGAAAACAUUAGUGGAAAUAAUAAUAGUAAUGAAGAUAUUCCCAUGAACGAUGAUCGAUCAGAGUAUACUAAUAUGAAAACCGAAGAAAGUUAUCACGAUUCUACGUGUCCAUCGCAUUCAGAACAAGAAUUGGAUCAAGACAUUUUGAAAAAUGAACAUGGCAAAAAUGAACUGGUUGCUGAACAAAAUAUGGAAUGUUUAAAUAUUCAAAAUGUUGAAAAUCAACAAAAAUUAUCGUUUAAUCAAAUCAAAGAAGAUUUAGAGAAAAAGAACGUGAUUGGUUCCCUUCAACCACUACGACCUGAACAAUAUAUUAUGCAUCAUCAAGCUGGUUUGAUUAAACAACAAGAGACGUUAAUUUUAAAUCCACAAACUGGCGAUGUAUUAAGUGAUCAAUAUUCAUCACAUCAUCAAACAAAUACAAUAACAACAGGUGGCACACAUCACUUUGCUAGAAAUAUAGCAUCGAAUAAUUCUGUAGUAGUUCCUACAGGCGGAAAUGUUAGUGGUCCUCCAGUUGGAUCUGGAACAGUAGCAGGUCAACAGAAAGGUUCUACUAUUUAUCCUAAAACUGGUCAAAAUCCUAUUGAUGGAGGAACAAAUGGAGGUGUUGGUGCUAACAGCAGUGGAAAUGCUGGUGGUGGCCCUGGAAAAAGUGGAGCUUUAGUUGGUGGUGGUUUGGAUAGAUCUCGACAAGUAUAUAAUAUGUUUGAAUGUCAAAUGUCACAACUUACAGUAUUUUUGGAUCGUGCACUUAUAUGUAGACGUAUCAGACCACGUUUCAAUGCAUCGGACAUUACAGAAGUUGUUUUUGAGCAUUUAUCACCAGCUAUUGAUAAAGAUUCUAUUCGUGUGGAAAUUCGUGGAGCUGCAACUAUUCUAGAUGUGAGCUUUUCAGCAAAAUCAUUAUCUGGUGAAGAAGAUACUUGGUCACAAUGUGUUAAUGAGCUAUUGGUUGAAUUACGCCAAUGUCGUCGCCGUGCAGAUAAUCUAGUCAAUAGAAUUAUCCGUACAGAAAAACAACGUUGUGUUCUUGAAACAUUUGCUGAUAGUUUGUCACGUCGUGAAGAUGAGAUUCUGUUGGGCGGUAAUCAUCACGGUCAUGUGACAUUGAAUAAUUUACCAAAUCAUACAGGUGUUGCAGAUCAAGUAAAUAAUAUCCCGUCACAAGGAGCAACAUUAUCGGGAGGAACAACACCAGCAAAUGCUCAAAUGGCCUCAACGACUGCGGAACAUAAAUGUAUAAAUGAUAUCAUUAAUCCUUAUGAUCCAAGAAAUGUGGAAACGUUGCAUAAAUUUCUUGAAAUUUACAAAGAUGAAGCUGAACGAUUUGAUACAGUUUUAAUGGAUACUACUGAAGAAUUGGAACAAGUUCGUACACGAAUUGAGACAUUGGAAAAAGAAGUUCGUGAUAUAGAAUUAAAGCAAGAUGAACAUUUAGCCAGAGAAUUAAGUGUACUUGUUGAACCAAGAGAAACAGGUCAAGUUGAAAUGCUUGUUUCUUAUGUGGUAAAUCGUUGUGGAUGGAAACCAGCUUAUGAUAUUCGUAUUUUUAACAAUGAUGGAACAAUGAAAAUAGUUUAUUAUGGUAUGGUUCAACAAGCUACUGGUGAAGAUUGGGAAACGCGCUAUAUGACUUUAUCGACUGCACAACCCGGUAUAGGUGGUACAGUUCCACAUUUAGGCGUACAACGAGUACAUUUUCGUAGAGAUCAUUCUCCAGCAAUCCCUAUAUCACGCAGUGCUAUAUCAUCCACAAGUGUAACAACAGGCUACAAUUCCAGUGGAAUAACAUCAACAACAACAUUACCAGCAUCAACAGGACACCAAAUCUCUGGUGCAUCUGCUACAGGAAAAAAUACUCGAUCAUGCACUAAACUAGGUGCAUUUAAACGAUCUAAUCGAACACCAGGAACAAAUUUAAAUGAAAGCGAUCGUGGUGGAUCUAUGGAUAAUGAGCGUGAUGGUAUCACACCAUCUGGAACACUGCAACGUGGUGGUAGUAUUGAAAGUACUUAUGCAACUGGAUUACGUUCCUCUAGCACUAGACCUAUCAGUAGACGUACAUUAGGAUCAAGUAUGUUGUUCAACUCCGUCACUUCUCAGAGUCCUUUGUUAUCAAAUCGAAUUUCUACUUUAAUGAAUUCACAACCUGCACUAUUGCCUACAUCACAACAAUCUGCACCGCCUGUUGGAACAGUUGCAACGAUACAACUGGAGGUCCCACGACCCCCGGCAAUAAUUCGGUGUGAUAACGAACCUAAUCGUGUCACUGUCGGGUUGUUAGAUUUACAACCGCGUUAUGAAUACGUAACUGUGCCGAAGCGUUCUUUGUAUGCUUAUUUGAAAGCGACAGCCGUGAACAAUACGGAAUUUUCUAUCUUGGCUGGUCCAACUAACAUAUAUGCUGAUAAUACUUUUAUUGGAAAAUCUGAAAUACGUGCUGUCGCUCCAGGCGAAGAGUUUAAUUGUCACUUAGGCGCUGAGAAUGGUAUAAAAAUACUGUAUCGCCCAUUAUUCAAAUAUCGUGAAGGUACCGGUUCGAGUGGAAAAAAUGCUACAAUGACAUUUAAACAAUUAAUUGAAGUACGUAAUACAUUUGAUCGUCGUGUACGUCUAAUGGUUGUUGAUCAAGUUCCAGUCAGUGCAGAGGAUAAAAUUAAAGUUAGCCUUUUAGAGCCAACAAUUAAACAUCCAGAAAAAUAUGAUAAAAAUAGACCAAUCAGAAUGAAUAAAUUCAAUAAUGUUGAAUGGGACUUGGAUCUAGGUCCAGGUGAGUUAAAUUUUUAAAUAAUGUCAUUGUAAACUUGGGAAUUUCUAAUAACUUGAUUGAAAUUCAGAUUAGAAGAUUUCUUCAAUUAAUCUCUAAUUUACAAUAUAUACUUUACUUCAUGGAAUUCUAAUCCCUUAAUCAAAGGGUUGGUUCAAUUAUCGAUAAACUAUUAAAAAUCACAUAGUUACAUAAUACAAUAUGGCUUUCAGAAAUCGUGAGUAGAUAAGGUUAACAGCUGAUUUCAACGUAGCGAGUUAUGAACCAGUUUAUAAUUGAUUGACCAUUGAAUAGUAAACAAUGUAUUUUUUGUAGUCCUUUGGCGUUGAUUGAAUUCUGUUGAUCAAGUUCUAAUUGAGCCACUAUUCUAAGUGACUCGAAAUUGUGUACACUAUAUUUUAAUGUUGUGCAUAUGAAUGCAGAUGGUUGGAAGCUGAAUGAAAUUGAUUCAAACUUCACAGAGAAUAUUAAUUCCCCCAAAAAGUGCUGAUACGCCUUCCUGACUAGUGACAAUUAUCGUGAAAUAUAUUUCCAAAAUUUCGUACCAAUUUACCUUCAAUCAUCUAACUUAUGAACUAGUGUUUAUAAAUGAUCUUCUUUGCCCAAAUGAUUUUGUAAAGAUAUUUUGUAUAACUUGAGGGUAAUUUUCUUCACGAAUUGACGUUAGUUGUGAGAAUAAUAAUAAGCUUCAUAAGGUUCCGAAAUGGAAGUUGUGGACUAAAACAAAUUGAGAGUAAGUCAUUGGUAACACUGGAAAAAGAUCAUUCCGUAUCAUAAAUUGAUUGAAUCUGAGACCAUGAACGAUUGGAUUUCAACUCAGAGUUUUUAUAUUAGACUUUCUUUAAAGAUGUCAGUGAUUACUGGUGAGGAGUUUCAAAAAUGGAUGUAACAUCUGUCCACUGUUGUUUAGUUCCAGUAAUUGUACAGCUAAAGUCAAAUCGUUGUAAAUACCAUAUUCAAAAUAAUCUUUUAUAUUUUCCGUUCAACCAAUACAAAGAUAAUUUACGAUUAUUAAUAAUUUAAGCUCAUUUAAAUUCACUUCUCUCUAUGCAAUGGUUUUAUUAAAUCAUAUUCAAAUUUAUUAAGCAACAUAACCUGAAUAAUCAUAUCCACUCUAGAUGCGUGCUCAAACGUCUAUUAUAUGUAAUAAUUAUAGAGCUAUUUUACUAGUUGUAUGGCUGAUGUACUCAGUUUUGAAACACAUUUCUGUGUAAGCUAGUGAUAUCACAUGAACUUGCUAACCUGAAUUAGAUCGGACGUGAUUUGAACUUUCAAUAUAUUAGUUAAAUGCUAAAUAUUUUAACCAUUAAGUCACCAAAGGUGCUUUUGUUUUACAUAAUAAUCAGUAAUUGAGAUAAAUUGUAAUGAAAAUGUAUUUGAAAUAUGAAUACUAUAAAUGUUGUGUGAACAUUUUGAUGGUUAAUCUUUUAAACUAACUUACACUGUUGAGUUUUCAACUGUUGUCUCUUUCUGUAAUAUUUUCCUGAAUAGAACGUUAUAGAUAUUAACUUAUCCAUCAUAAAACUAAUGAACUAUGUAUUUUGAUCAUUAAUAUCAAUUAUAGAUCACCAGUGAAGAAAUGUUGUAACUAUCCCCAAGUAUGCUUCAUAUAUAUAUAUAUAUUCAAAUGCGGAUGUCAGAGAUGCAUACAUUACAGUGAUAUAAGUAAUGGGUGUAGACGGGCGCAGUUUCUAUUAUUCUUUACACGUGAUUAUAGAAAAAGCAGACAAGUCCAUACAUCCCGUAAAUACAUACAUACAUAGAAGUUUCCACUCGCGAGUGUACGACACAUGCACAUAUAGAAUACAUAAGCCUAGGUUUAUGCACUCCAUAGUAUACACAUAGGUAUAGAUACGGACGCUCCAGGCCCCUAGGCCCAGCAGCAUUUUCACUGAGUAAAUAUCGAGUAUUCAAAUCAGUAUGUAAAUGAUUCGUCAUAAACGAUGUGCCCACUGAACGCUCUUACCACAAUUCUAUUUAGUGUCGACUAGUGUGCACUGAUUACGGCACAGAUUAUGGACUACUCUUUGGCCCUGCCCUACCAGACCUUGUAGGCCCUUCCAGACUAGUCUUUUCAGACACAAAGAGAAAGCGUUUCUCCAAUGCCACAAUCGCACUCCCGAUUCAUGUCGACUUCUCUUCUCAUGUAAUCAAAAUUAACACAGUGGGUGAUUAUCCCGAUUUCCCUCUGACUGCGGAUUGGUUGGUCGGUUCGAUCUCCACCGCGCCGCUUGCGUUAGUUCAUGUUGAAAGAGAUCAUCCACUAUCCAUUGAGCACUACGUGGAAUCGCAAGUCGGACUUUGUCCCCCAAUAGUAUGGUGCAUUGUAAUGAAUGUUGGAUAUUUGAAAACACUGCCCAUGAAUCAAUGAAUUUCAAUCUAUCCCAUUCUUUAAUUGACAUGGUUAACAUGGUUUUAUGAUUUUCAGCCUUUUAUAUCCUCAAUAAAUUAUAGAUUCUGAUUAAAACAAGUUUUCCUCAUACCAAUCAAAUCAAAGAACUUCAAGUUAACCAUUAAUACAAAUGACCGUCAGAAAUUAAUUGACCUACUCAGUUCAAUGAUAAAAGCGUAAUUAAAGAUCAGAAAUUUUUGUGAAGUGAAACGAAAUUAAUUGUAUUCAUGAAUGGGGUAAGAAAGGGAUAAAUAAAUAAAUAAAUAGAGGGUUUGACGCAAUUAUUUCUUGGGAUUUUUACAAUAUUUUACUGCAACAUAUACUCUUUUUCCUUUGCCUAGGUGAAAUUCGUGAAUUAACACUGAAAUAUUCAGUGGAGCAUCCAAUCAAUGAAGAUUUAGACGUUUCUGUUUCUGAAAACUAAAAAAAUAGCUACAAACUGGAGCAUAUUCAAUUGUUACAAUAUACAUUUGGGUUUUCAUUGUAGAAGGGGAAAGGGAAUCUGGGAUUUUAUCAGACGUAUUCCUUUCUGAUUUUUCUCAUUUUAUUAUUAUUAUUAUAAUCAUUGAUCAUUGGUAAUUAAAAUAUUGAUAAUAAUAAUUACUAUUAUUAUUACCAUUAUUACUACUAUUAUUAGCAUUAUUAUUGCUUAACAGUUUAUUUCAAUUUCUUUUCGGUGCUUUUUCGCAUUAUUUCUAUUGAAAUAGCUUAUGCUUCAAUAAUUUUGUUGUUGUUGUUUUUGUUGUUAUUUGAUACUAAGGGAUCCAGUUCGAUUGACACUAUUCAUUUCGAAUACCCACUUCUACAUUAUACUAAAAACAAAAUAAUAAUAAUAAUAAUAAUAACUCAUUUUUAAUACCCGAAUGAUAUCAGCACAUACAUAUACUAAUUAUUAUACAAAUAAAUUGGAAUGGAACUAGUCUAAAAUUGCACAACAAUAAACACAAUAACCAUGAUAGCAACUAAAUGGUAAAUUAUUGAUUUCUAAAAAGAGAAAUUAUCGUCGGUGUAUUCAUUUAAUAAAUUCUCUCUGUUUCAAUAUGGUUAUUAAUUUUUUUGAAUGUUCAAUUUUGUUCUGUUGUUUUACGCAUAGUACUAACAUAUUUUAUUUUAUUUUAUAUUCUUAUAUAUAAAAAUUAAAUCUAAAUUUUACCGCUUGUUAUUUGUAUUGCUUUAAAGGGUAAUUAUUGUUAUUAUUAUUAUUAUUAUUAUUAUUAUUAUUAUUACUGACGUCAUUACUAUCUACUAUUGUCUGCCCUACAAUUGUUGUGGCACUGUUUAUAUACAGUGAAUUAAUUAAUCUACAAUCUCUGAUGUAAUAUUAUGUCAUCACAACUACUUAAAACAAUCUUUCUAUGCCCUAGACCUACCCGUGUACACUGUACGCUAGAGGUAAGUUUAUCAAAAAACAGUGACACGGACACUUAAAUCUAAGUAAUCUAAUAUCAACAAAAUAAUAGAUUACAGCUUUAUAUGUUGAGUAUUGAUUUCGUGGGACUACUCUAUUUGUUAUUUAUUUCAUUCAUUGACUUUGAGUGUAUAAGAGUGUGUGUGUGUCGGUAAAUAAAGGCAUUGGAAUAAGGAUUAGAGCUCCGUCAAUUUUGUUAAUGUCAUGGUUUAUGUUAAUUAUCCAUUCGUCAUGAAGUUGUCUUUUUUCAAGGUUACGGACGUAUUUUACUUUUCUGAUCAUUAUGAAUAUUACUACUGUUAUUAUUAUUAUUAUUAUUGGUAUUAAAAUAUUUAAUAUUAUUAUUAUGAGCUGCUUUGAAGACACUUAAUAAACUAAUCAAUUUGCCUGAUAACUUUCAAUCUGUUGUUGAUUUCUUUGAAAGGUUAGGUAAGCCAAUUAGAAGACGAGUUUAUCAGAACCAUAUAACGAAUCAAAUAGCGUGAUAUAUUUCGAACAGCAAUUCGAUCAUGCAUAAACUUGUCCAUAAAACAUCAUUGAAAAAUAUAAACGUCAGACUACAUAAAUUGGGAAAUAAGUAAAAACAAAGGUAAUUGAUAAAAGUAAUGUAAGCCACAUCACUCUGAAUAGUAAAUUAAUAUUAGCAGAGCAUGUUUGAUGUUCGUAUAAAUAGUUUUUGAACAUUCAUUGAACUGGUUGGCUGGAGAUUUUCAUGUUGUUUAGGUUUCAACAAACCUCAGUAUUCGUUCUAAACAAUUUUAACUGAAAACCCUGGAAGCCAAGUUAAGAACAUCCUUAUAACCAGUUUCAAAUGUGUUUGGAAAUGGACGAAUGUAGGUAUUUUUCAUCGGUUUGUAGAUCAUUUACAUUAUUCGUAUUAAAAACCAUUUUGGUACAUUUUCAGCCACCUAAAGUUGGAAGUCACAAUUUAUUCUACAUAUAUAUGAUUCCUUGAAUUUUGAUCUUAAAAUAUUUCUGGUUUUAGAAACUUAAUCUAUUUUGAAAGAUCGUCAAAUUUUCACUAUAUGUAAAUAUCAAGCACUUGAUAUUUCCCCGAGUUAAACCAAGGUUGAAGUCAGAUAAGAACAGCAAUGGCCUUCUAGUUAUAAUUUAAACAAAAAAUCUGCUGAACAUGUACGUCAGUCUCGUUAAUCAAAUAGUUUUCAGACUGUCCUUCAGGGUAGCAAAAAUCGUUUUGUUAUGCCGAAAAAAAACGCUGAUCACUUAUACUCG